AUGACCGCAGAUCUCUACACACCAGACCCGUCGCAUCCUGAGCCUGUCUGCUACUUCAGUAUCCCUCCUGCCGUCCACUUCUCGCUGGAAACACCUCUGGCCACGCCGACGUCUGACUACCAAUCCUACACACCCUCGGACCCUUGCAACCCUCUGCUGGCCUUUCGACCCUCCCCCUUCUCGUACAUGUCGAGCCCUCCGGACGCCUCGCGUCUCCUGCAACUCCAGACCCAGGCUGCCCACCGUCCCUCGGCCGAGCCACUGCAGCAACGAGCCUCCAGCACCUCGUCCACCAGUUCCAACUCGUCCAUCUCCAGCCACGGCAUGCUGUCCUGCCAGCCGUGCUGUUGCCGCUGCCGUCGCGAAGGCUAUGGCAACAUGUUCCAGAUUGGCACCAACCGUUACUAUUGCAGUCAUUGUGCCAAGAUGACGGGCUACAGCGCUGGCUGA